AUGCAAGGAGGAAGGAGCAGAACAAUUCAGAAAAGCCCUUCAGGAGGAAUUGAGAGGAUUCAGUUAGGAUUCGUGGGAAUGCAGGAAGAAGGAGCAGAAAAUUCAGGAAAGCCCCAAGAGAAUUAUGAGGAUUCAGCGGUGGGGAAAGCAGUCAGCUCCCACUACCCACCACCAUCGUAUCACCACACCACACAUCCUCCACACCAUUCCACAUCAUAUACUGAUCAAAAGCCAACAUACAGGCAUCAUACGCCUACAUAUACCCCUUCCUAUACACCAGCCCCUUAUUAUAAGCCAAAAACAACGUACGCACCUCACUACACGACUCCGAAGCCAAGUUAUGAUUACGAAACUCCGAUUUAUAAGCCUAAGCCAACCUACAAACCGGAGCCUACGUACACGCCUGUGUACACGCCUGCGCCUGUCUAUACACCCACUCCCGCCUAUGAAGAGCCUGUAUACACACCCACGCCUUCCUAUGAAGAGUCCGUCUACACGACAGAACCUUAUAAACCCGUAUAUACACCGAAACCAACUUACGAACCCGUUUACAAGCCCAAGCCUACAUACGAGCCAGCUUACAAACCAGAACCAGUCUACAAGCCAAAGCCCGUGUACAAAGCAAAGCCCGUCUACAAACCAAAGGCAAAAGUCUACAAGGCUGAACCUGAGUACUAUGAUCAUCAAACAAAGUACGACUUCGGUUACGGCGUCGUCGACAACUACCACGGGACCAACUUCGGCCACUCGGAGAAACGCGAAGGUUAUAGGACUGAAGGCGAAUACUUCGUAGAUCUGCCUGACGGUCGCCGGAUGGUCGUCAGGUAUUACUCCGACGAAACGGGAUAUCAUCCUACUAUAACUUACGAGGGAACUCCCGUCUACGAUGCUCCCGAAGCCCGCCUACAAACCAAAGCCCACCUAUGCACCCAAGCCACACUACAAGAGCGAACCCGUCUACAAGAGUGAACCUGUCUACAAAAGCGAACCAGUCUACAAAAGUGCACCCGUCUACAAGAGUGAACCCGUCUACAAAAGCAAGCCUGUCUACAAAAGCGAACCCGUCUACAAAAGUGCACCCGUCUACAAGAGCGAACCCGUCUACAAGAGUGAACCUGUCUACAAAAGCGAACCAGUCUACAAAAGUGCACCCAUCUACAAGAGUGAACCCGUCUACAAGAGCAAGCCUGUAUACAAAAGCGAACCAGUCU